AUGGAUCCUAGCAUCCAGCUCAUGCAGGUUAUCCAAGAAAUGCGGGUGGAAAUCAACAGACUAGAGAAAGAGAACCACGCUCUCCGCGUGCAACUCACUUCAACUAGUCAGCCAGCCCCCAGCUCAGGGAGAGAAUCGGAAGAUGAAAGGGAAGAAGCAGCGAGUGGCCCACCUCCAGGGACCCUUCCUGGUGGUAUUCCCGUUGAUUCUACACCAGCUGUGCCGAAACACCAAGGCAAUGUCAUGAUUGUUAGACGCUAUGCCAUUUCACCAUCAGUUCACUCAUAUGCAGCAAAUGACCCCUGGAAAGCUAGAAUCGGACUUGCAAAUGAUGGAACAUCGUUGGCGUGUUCUUCAACAAGAAAGCAAGACAAUGGAGAAGAGAUGUUGGCAAAUGACGUGUGUAGCAGCAAUAGCCCCAGCCAGAAAGCUUCUUCUGAUCAUGGUUUUGUUGGCAGGGAGAAGACAAAGACGGUCAGUUUCCAGUUGCCCAGGGAGAGGUCAUCAGUUCUCGAAAAUUCACAUCCUUUGAAGUACUCAGCAAACCAGACCACAGACCAGCUAAGCAUCAUUGCCCAAAAGGAUGUGUGA